UCUGGAUAUAAAAGCCUGACUGACUGCCUGCUCAACCUUCUUCAUCAGCAUCAACACUCAGCCAGCCUCUCGUUCAAAGCAUCACUCAGCCAAACAUCAAAAUGCAGUUCAAGAACAUUGUCGCUUCCAUCGCGGCUUUCGCCGUCGCUGGCGUAGUUGCCUCUCCAGUCGACGUUGUCGCUCGCGCGGGACAAGCCCCAUCGAAGCAGCAAGUGAUUGAUUCGACCGAUGCAUACAUGAAGGAACACGCCGCAGACAAGCUCUCCGAAGCUGAUGUCGCUUUGAUCAACCAUGCCUCCGCGGCCCUUGGCGAUUGCUGGUGUGGUUGCCCACCCGGUCCUCCUCCUUACCCUCAAUUCAUUCCAGGUCAAUAUUGCCCUCCAUCGCUGCGAUGGUACAUCGGCGCUUAUACCAGCUUCCCCGAUUCCCACGAGCUGUGGGACGGUGGCUUCGAACCCAAGACGUGCGUCGGCUUGAUCAACUUGGCCAGCUGCAACGACGGACCUUUCAGCGGCUUCAACCUCCUCAGCGGCAUUGGCAGCAUCUUGUAGAUGGUCUGUUAGAGCAAGUCACCACGAAGAUCUCUCGGGGCUGGGUGGACCAAGAAAAGAGGCCUGGGUGACAGAAUGUGAUGAGGAAGGGGAGAUGGGAGCAUGAGGGCUUCGAGGAUAGAAUUGGCUUUACACACGCAUAAUAUCGGUAAUAUACUCCGCUGCUGUUGAUUUUCAUAGCGUGUUGAAGCGCACAUUGAUAACCCCACAAAUGCAAUGAGUGUCUUUG